UUAGAAUCUUAGUAAAUAAUAAUCAUGCCAAAAAAACAAAGUAAAGUAACUGUUGCUGAAGAAAAGAAAGAAACUUUGAACAAUAAACUUUAUGGCAAUGAUUUAAGUGAGAGUGAAGACAGUGUUUACUCUGGAUUAGAAGAUGAAGGUUCUAGUGAUUCUGAUUACUCAUCUGAUGAAGAAAUAAAUCAGUCAGCUGAUGAAGACGAAGAUGAUUCUGAUGAUGAAAUAAAAAUUUCAAGAAUCAUGCAAAAUAAAAAUAAUGAAACAGAAUCAGCCAACCAAAAACAAGCAGAAUUAAACAGAGCAUUAAUGCAACAAUUGAAACAAGAUGAAGUUGAUACUUCAGAUGAAGAGGACAUUCGAAACACAGUUGGUAACAUUCCAAUGGAUUGGUACAAAGAUUAUCAGCAUUUUGGGUACAGUUUAGAUGGUAAAAAAUUAAUCAAGAAGUCACAAGGCGAUCAGUUGGAUGAGUUUCUUUCAAAAAUGGAAGAUCCAAACUACUGGAAAACUGUUUAUGAUAAAACAAAUAUGGAAGAAAUUAUACUGACGGAUGAAGAAAUUGCCAUUAUUCAAAGAAUAGAAGGUGGAAAGUUUCCAGAGAAAGAAUUUGAUCCCUAUGAGCCGUACGUGGACUAUUUCACAGGGGAGAAAAUGAUUCAUCCAGUAAAAAGCACACCUGCUUCCAAAAGAAGUUUUAUUCCGUCAAAAUGGGAACAUAAAAAGGUGAUGAAAAUUGUUCGAGCAAUACGUAAUGGUUGGAUCAAACCUAAAGUUGGAAAAGAUGAUAAACCAAAAUAUUAUUUGUUGUGGGGAAAAGAUGAUGUGCCUAAAACUCAUGUAAUGCAUUGGCCAGCACCAAAACUUAAACUUCCUGGUCAUGAGGAAUCUUACAAUCCUCCUCCAGAAUAUCUUCCUACAGAAGAAGAGAAAGCAGUUUGGUUAGCCACAGACCCUGAAGAUAGGACACAAAAUUUUCUCUCACAGAAAUAUGAUGCUUUGAGAAAAGUUCCAGGAUAUUCUAAGUUUAUAAAUGAGAAAUUUGAUAGGUGUCUUGAUCUUUACUUAUGUGCAAGACAAAAGAAAGUCAGACUACAAAUUGAUCCUGAAGACUUAAUACCAAAACUUCCUCGACCACGUGAUCUACAACCAUAUCCAACAGUUCAAUCUUUGAUCUACAAAGGUCAUGAGGGAGUUGUCACUUGUAUUUCGGUGGAUCCUACUGGGCAAUGGCUAGCUAGUGGCAGCACAGAUAAGAAUAUUCGUUUCUGGGAGAUCCAAACUGCACGUUGUUUGAAGGCAAUUAAAUUUGAUGGUACUGUGCACAGUUUGCAGUGGAAUCCAAAUGAAGCUAUACCUGUUUUGUUAGCAGCUAUAGAUUCACAUUUAAAUAUUAUAAAUCCCAACCUUGGAGACAAACUACUAUGCAAAAAUGUUGAUAAAUUGAUUGAUCAAUAUACUGGGGACAUAGACUCUGCAAAUACUAUUGAAUGGACUCAGCCUUCUUCAGAUGAACUUAACCGUGGAAUAAAGCUAAAAUUAAUGCACCAAAAGCCUAUUAAACAAGUAACUUGGCAUGCGAAAGGAGAUUAUUUUGCUACGGUCUGUCCAGAAGGUGACAGCAAAUCGAUCCUGCUUCAUCAGUUGACUAAAAGAAAAACUCAAUGCCCGUUUAAAAAAAUGAAUGGACAAAUUCAAUGCGUAAAGUUUCAUCCUUCAAGACCGUUCUUUUUUGUUGCGACGCAAAGAUAUGUUCGUGUUUACAAUCUUCAAAAACAAGAGCUUUCGAAAAAACUUAUGUCUGGAGUUAAAUGGAUAUCUAGCAUUGAUGUUCAUUCUCAAGGUGAUAAUAUUAUAAUUGGAAGUUAUGACAAACGUUUAUGUUGGUUUGAUAUGGAUUUAUCUUCAAAACCGUAUAAAGUGCUACGACAUCAUAAAAAAGCUAUACGCCAAGUGGCAUACCAUCGAUGCUAUCCUUUGUUUGCUUCCGCCUCAGAUGAUGGAACUGUAGUAGUUAGUCAUGCAACGGUGUACAGUGAUUUAAUGCAAAAUCCGAUGAUUGUUCCUUUAAAAAUUCUGCGUGGACACAAGUCGAUUAACGAUCUUGGUGUCACUGACAUAACGUUUCAUCCGCAUCAACCUUGGAUAUUUACAUCUGGUGUUGAUAUGACAAUAAGAUUAUUCACUUAAAUACGUCAUAUUUUCGUUACUAUUUACAUAGGUUUAUUUACUUAUAUAAACAUGAAUGUUUCUAUUUAUAUUUACGUGAAUACCUAUAUACGUAAAUUUU